AUGGCGGAGAGUAUAAUAAAUCUCACCCUAGAGAUCCUCUUCCGGCUUACUGGAGAGGACUACACAGUAGGGAAGAAGACCUCUAGUGAGCGCUGUCAGGACCCUGUGUCUGAAAGACAGGAAAGAACCCUGAGCCCAAACCUGGGGCCUCCACCUCACCUCCUGAUACAUGAGGAAAUCAAUAGAAACAAGAUCCUAGAACUCAUCAAUAAGAUGAUUGAGCUGCUGACUGGAGAGGUUCCUAUAAGGUGUCAGGAUGUCGCUGUCUAUUUCUCCAUGGAGGAGUGGGAGUAUUUAGAAGGACACAAAGAUCUGUACAAGGACGUCAUGAUGGAGGAUCACCGGCCCCUCACAUUACCAGGUAAUAGACAUAACUAAAUCCACA